AUGACGAAGUGCAGUGUGAGGUUGGUGGAUGGUGGCAGUCGCUGUGCUGGGAGAGUGGAGGUUCUUCAUAGAGGGCAGUGGGGAACAGUGUGUGGUGAUGACUGGGAUAUGAGUGAUGCUGCAGUGGUGUGUAGAGAGCUGGGCUGUGGAGAAGCUGUAGAUGCACUGGGCAAAUCUCAUUUUGGAUCAGGAUCAGGACCAAUCUGGAUGGAUGAUGUGGACUGUAGUGGAUCAGAGUCUAGACUGAAGAACUGUAGAUCACCAGUAUGGGGUAAACAUGACUGCAAUGAAACCCACAAUUCUGGAGUCAUCUGUUCAGGAGCCAGGCUGGUUUUAGGUUCUCGCUGCUCUGGGAGAGUGGAGGUUCUUCAUGGAGAGAGCUGGGUCACAGUGUGUGAUGCUGACUUUAACCAGCAGGAUGCAGAGGUUGUGUGUCGAGAGCUGGGCUGUGGUUCUCCUGUGAAGGUUCUGGGAGCAGCUGCGUUUGGUAGAGGGGAGGGUCAGGUGUGGUCAGAGGUGCUUCAGUGUAGAGGAAACAAAUCUCAGACUCACUUCUGUCCAAAAUCAUCUUCACUCAAACACAACUGCUCCCAUGAUAAUGAUGUGGGACUGGUGUGUGCAGGAGUCCUGCUGGUUAAUGGCUCUCGCUGCUCUGGAAGAGUGGAGGUUCUUCAUGGUGAGAGCUGGUUCACAGUGUGUGAUGCUGACUUUAACCAGCAGGAUGCAGAGGUUGUGUGUCGGGAGCUGGGCUGUGGUUCUCCUGUGGAGAUUCUGGGAGCAGCUGCUUUUGGUAGAGGGGAGGGUCCGGUGUGGUCAGAGGAGCUUCAGUGUAGAGGAAACAAAUCUCAGACUCACUUCUGUCCAAAAUCAUCUUUACUCAAACACAACUGCUCCCAUGAUAAUGAUGUGGGACUGGUGUGUGCAGGCAGUGUGAGGUUGGUAGAUGGUGACAGUCGCUGUGCUGGGAGAGUGGAGGUUCUUUAUAGAGGACAGUGGGGAUCAGUGUGUGGUAAUAACUGGGAUAUGAGAGAUGCUGCAGUGGUGUGUAGAGAGCUGGGCUGUGGAGAAGCUGUAGAUACAUAUCAUGAGUCUUACUUUGGAUCAGCAUCAGGACCAAUCUGGAUGGAUAAUGUGCACUGCAGUGGCUCUGAGUCUACACUGAGGAACUGUGAAUCAGCAGGAUGGGGUAAACAUAACUGUGAUCAUUCUAAAGAUGCUGGAGUCAUCUGUUCAGGAGUCCGGGUGGUUGGUGGUUCUCACUGUUCUGGGAGAGUGGAGGUUCUUCAUGGAGAGAGCUGGGUCACAGUGUGUGAUGCUGACUUUAACCAGCAGGAUGCAGAGGUUGUGUGUCGAGAGCUGGGCUGUGGUUCUCUUGUGGAGGUUCUGGGAGCAGCUGCUUUUGGUAGAGGGGAGGGUCAGGUGUGGUCAGAGAAGCUUCAGUGUAGAGGAACUGAAUCUCAGAUUCACUUCUGUCCAAAAUCAUCUUCACUCAAACACAACUGCUCCCAUGAUAAUGAUGUGGGACUGGUGUGUGCAGACAGUGUGAGGUUGGCGGAUGGUGGCAGUCGCUGUGCUGGAAGAGCAGAGGUUUUUCACAGAGGACAGUGGGGAACAAUUUGUGGUGCUGGUGCAAAUUUCAUAGCGGGUUUUGUCAUGUGUAAAGAGUUGGGCUGUGGAGAGCCGUUUAGGACUGAUGCAGCUGUUCCAGGAUCUGCACCGAUCUGGAUGAGUCAUGUGAAGUGUACUGGAUCAGAGUCUACACUGAAACACUGUGGAUCAUUAGGGUGGGGAACACAGCUGUAAUCAUAAUAUGGAUAUUGAGCUUACCUGUUCAGGUAUGUUUUAAUUAGACAAAAACUGUAAUACGUACGUAUUACAUGUAUUACAUUUGUGAACUUUCUGAGAAUGUUUCGACACAUCAUAGACAAAAUCAAAUCAGAGAUCAUAUGAUGGAAUGUCACUGUUUUGUAUACCUAUUCCGUAUUAAAUGUUCUAUUACAUAGUAAAUUCUGACAGUUACAG